UUUCACAUCGCGCGAUCUUUGCUAAGAACUUGAUUUCAGAUACUCGCUGGUUCGCUCGUCAGACGCAAGGUCCGCUGCGCGCUGCUGCGCUCAUCGACGACGACGUUGUUGCGUUGAAAGAGAGGCAGAGCAGAAGAAGAGAGGCCGUGCAAGAGCUCCGACAUCUUUGAUUUUCUUCUUCCCAGCCAGCGUCGGAAGGCACACGAGAACUUGAUUUCAGAUACUCGCUGGUUCGCUCGUCAGACGCAAGGUCGCUGCCCGCUGCUGCGCUCCAGUCGACGACGACGUUGCUGCGUUGAAAGAGAGGCAGAGCAGAAGAAGAGAGCUCGUGCAAGAGCUCCGACAUCUUUGAUUUUCUUCUUCCCAGCCAGCGUCAGAAGGCACACGAGUGCAAGAAGUCUCAUGCCCAGCAGACACUACGACGGGAAGAUAAGUUUUCUUCGGGAGAGCCGGCUUUCGGAUCGAGGAGAGUGCUUCCUGUAGGCCCGGUUACAUUUCGCUCGCGCAUGCCAAGCAGCAAACGUUUCUUAAUCUCUGAGAGUGGAGGAGAGAAAGGAAGGUGCAGGUGCGUCCAUCUUCAGUCACGCUGCUGAACUGGCGACACGGGAAAUGGACUCCGCACACGAGGAACCGGAGCUUCCCUCCGCCAUCCAGGACCUUGUACAGCGUCUGGAAGGACAAGGCGAGCCUAUAACGGAGCUUCCCAGAUUAAGCAGGCCAGAAUUUCGGGAGUUCUUUCCCUAUGGUGAAUCACCCUCGACAGUCAUAGGGUGGCGAAGCCAAGUGCGUCGUCGAGUGCUGGAGGCAAUCGGCAGGUGCAACACCUUUGAGAUUCUGGACGUGUACAAUAUUUGUGGGGGAUAUAUAUCAAUGUUGACGCCGAGCGAGUGGGAGGUAGUUCUCAGAGGUUUCAGGUGUAGCACCGUUCUAAAAAAGAUAACCGUUUAUGGGUUAUUCUCUUCAGAUUCUCUUGAUGCGGAUAAAGAGAGCUUGUGUUUACAGCUGGGGAGAAUUCUGAAUUCCUCUAGCGGAACAGAGUUACAAGUGCGUGACGAAUUGAGUGCCAGAUGUCUCAGGAAUCUCGCCUCAGGUCUGCGAGGACGUUCCGAUUCUAAACUCAAGUCUUUAGAUUUAUUGGUAGCGUGGGAGGACUCGAGUGCGGUGAAGUAUGUGGCUGACAUGAUCAAUAGUGCUCCUCUAUUAGAAACGUUGCGUUUCGGCGGCUAUUGGGAGGACAUGGAGGACGAGACCCUUGGAAUCCUGUCCCAGGCUUUGAUCCAGAGCUUGGCUUUGAAAGAAUUUACCUUAGACUGCGCGGGGAAGUGGGCAGGGCCCUUGUUGCUGAAAGCAUUGGCCGGAGACCAUCGCAACCGAUCCAUUGAACGUCUUCGGCUGAGGAAGAUGGUUGGAUUCGGAGACUGUUUAAGGGAACUUCUUAUUUCCAACCCAUCAUUGAAGACAGUGGAGCUCUACCCAUCAUUGAAGGAAGUGGAGCUCUACCCAUCAUCGAAGGAAGUGGAGCUUGUCAUGGAGCCUGAGCAAGCGCACCAGCUCGGCGAAGCCAUACGUGACAAUGCCAUAGCGACAACUAUACUUGUUAGGUUUCGUGGUCAAGAAUGGAAGUCAAUAGAAGCUCUUGCUCGUUCUGCUAGCUCCGAUGUCAAUGACCCCACAGUGGAGCUUGAACUCCUUACUAGGAGUAAAGAUGAAGUGAUGUUAUCAUUAAACCUAUUAGGUAGGGUACUGCGCGGGGAAAUCACAUCUCUGAAAUCUCUGAGUAUAUUCUUUCUAUCACCGCUAGAUUAUAGAAAGAUUAUCACGUUCAGUAUACCCCCUAUGAAUGGAAAAAGUGGAGAAACUUCAGUCCUGAAGAGACUGGAAUUAUCUGUCCGAAGCGAAGAUCUUUCGAAGGAGCAAUGGGAGGACCUGCUUCGGUGCAUGCGAGGGAACCUCACUCACUUGGAUUUGUCUGACUCCGAACUCGACGAGAAGGCGUUCAGGGACCUGAUGGGGGUCCUGCAAGUUAACUUGGCUCUCCAGGAAAUCGACGUCUCCCGAACAUCAUGGGCAACUGACGGAAAGGCGGCGCAGAUUGAAGAGGCCCUGAAGCAGAAUCAAAAGCGGGCCGUCUACAUGUCUGUGUUCCGAGAAGCCAACUUAACAUUUGGAGAUGCAAAAGCUGGUAGACUCUUCUUAUGCGGCUCUCCUAGAGCAGGAAAAACUCAACUGCGUAAAACCCUGAUGAGUAUCAAUCAUAGCUGGCUACUCGGAAGCAGUCUAUCCAUUGAUUGGGUAGACUGCUUCCGAGUAGCUGAACGACUCUGGAGGACCAAAGGCAUCGAAGUGGAGUAUUUGCAAACUAUUGACAAAAUGCAAAUCUCAGUUUGGGAUCUUGCGGGACAAUCAAUUUUUCGUACCCUUCAGAAUGUGCUAUUUCCUCAAACCAACAAUUUUUGUGUUUUUCUUUUUGUGUAUAGCCCUUUUUGUGACAACACAUCUAAAAACAAACCAGACUCUUGUUUCAAAACCGAGUUGGAGGAUUGGUUAAGCUUCAUCACAUCCAGUGUUAAGAUCACGGGACGUGAUCUUCCCCAAGUUUUUGUUGUCAUCUCUCACAAAGAUAAAGCCAAAUACAGCUCUGUGAGUUGGACUCAGACCAUAAUUGAAGAACUCAACCAAAGAUUCGCAAAUUUUGUGGAUCUACUCCCUGUUCAAGAGUGUUUUCAUGUGGAUGCUAGGAAUAAAAAACAAAUUAUUCCUCUCAACCGUCACAUUCUUGAAAAUUUCAACAAGUUGUUGAGUGAAAAAUCUCCACAAGUUCCUCUAUUAUGUUCUCAACUCAUCUCCCUCUUCGUUGCAGAAACCAAGAAGAACAGAAGUUGCCCUCUGUGGUCAUAUGAUCAAUUUCAUGAUUUUUGUGCUCCCUACUUGAAAAAAUUCAUUCCUUCUUCUUCUCGUCACUUUGAGGAUGAUUCGAAGAUAAUGGAGUCUAUCAUAUUCUACUUGAAUGAGGUUGGAUCUAUCAUAUACAUUUCCAACCUUAAGUACAUCAUUGUAGAUCCCAACUGGCUUACUAAUACCUUCCUGGGUGAGCUGAUAGCUCUUGGUCAAAACUUUCAAGCUCAAGAGACAGAGUUUUCUAAUAGAACGUGCCCAUACGGUGCAAGCAAGGACGGAUUUGUGAGUGAGAGUGUCUUUGUUCGGUUGAUAGAAGAGUUUUUGCGAGAGCAAGCACAUGGCCAGAGUGGUGUGGGCAGAGAGCAGCUUGAAAACAUCCUUGUCAAUUUAGAUUUGUGUUUCAAGCUGGAAGAUAGUUCUCAGUAUUUCAUUCCUUCCUUCAUCCCUGAGCAUGCAAGCAAGGAAGAACAUGACCAUCAAGAAGGGGCGCACUUGAAGUUGAUGUGUUGGGAAAAUACAAGAGAGAAUUCACAGUUUGUUGGCAUUCGGAUUCAGUGCCAAGAUGGGAGAACAAUGUCAUUGACGGCUGCAUUUUUUCCACGCUUCCAGAUGUUCAUGAGACGCAAGUUGAAAUCCGAUAUGCAUGUUCUCGAGGAGAAUAUUACCUGCUCUCGACAUUAUCUACGACUUUUUGAUGAAGGGCAUCAAAUAUAUAUCGAGCACGUUCACAGUGAAAAGUCUCACAAAUACGUAGAUGUUUUGAUGUUAUGCUCAAGGCAUAAGUCAAGGGAGGAGGCUACUAAAUAUGUGAUGAGGCAUAUCGUCCAGGAAUUGAUAUUGUUUUGCGCAUCAUCAAAAGGCUGUCCCGGGGUGGCGUUAGUGCUAGGUGUGAUUCAAACAUUUUGCGUGGAGAAGCGGAUUCCGAGUCAUCUCAGAGGAGCCAUUCUGAUCGAGAAUCUGAAAUCGGACUUCAUUUGUAGCAUCAAAAACAAACUUGAGGAAACGUCAAUGGAAAGGUUGCACUUGAUGGAGAAGAAGGAAGAGUUGUUCAACUAUGAGCACUGUUGGCCCCAGAUUGAAGGGCACACUGGCGGAAUAUCCGAACGAGCAAGAGAUUUGUUGUGGGAGAGCGAUGUGGAAGCAAUUGUGAACGAGAUUCGACGGAAACAAAUUGAAGAAUUGAAGCCAUUGCACGAAGGUCUAAGUAGCGUGGACAAUGAUUUGUCUCAGUGUUAUCCUGAAGCUGAAAACAUGGUUAGCGACUCAAAUUUCCCGCCAAUGAAAGACCUCAAAUCACUCACAUCCAGGUGCUUGAGUCGUGCCAGCACAAGUGUGGAGAAUUCAAGUGUGGAGACCCAACUUUUUUUGUUCAAGAUGGACCAGCUAAAAGAAGAGCUUGUACAAAAGAUUGAUGGUUUGGACGAGAGGUUGAGAUUAGUGCAGAGCAUUCUGCAGAGAAUGGAGAUGAAGAUGGGACAAAUACUCUCUUUGCACCAAGAACUGCAGUCAACGCUGAGUGCAUUUGUGUCUAAAGUGGACAGGAUAAUUCAGUAUUCUGAUUCGCUUCAGCAGGCCAGUGUGCCCAAGCGACCUUACGUUACGAACGAUGUUAAUCUCUUCUAUCGAAUUAGUGCGCUUUUGCAUAACGGAACAACCGUUCGCUUACAAUUGAUGUGUGAGUCACUGACUGGGUUUCACACUGUCAAAGAUCAAGAAGGUUUGAAGAUACGCUUGGAUCGGGAGAAUAGCUCGUGGAUUCGGAAAACUAUCGAAAUCUCAUACAAAGUCAUGUUUUAUGCUAUGAAGCUCGUGGAUUCGGAAAACUAUCGAAAUCUCAUACAAAGUCAUGUAUUAUGCUAUGAAGGCUGGACUGGAUAAGACAGUCAGUUUGGGCGGGGCGAUUCCGGACUGGGGAGAUUUAAAAUCUGAUAUUGUUCAACUAGACGGUAUUAGUGAUGAUGAUCAUAGGGCAUUUCUCAAAGGCGGGGAAAACAAGGAGCUGCAAGAAGCAUGGUUGAGGAUUCAGCAAACUCUUGCGCCUCAGCUUCAAAAUCGUUAUUCCGAAAUCUUCAAGUUGUAUCAGGUGAAAUACGUCAGUUUAGAGAAAGGUGGGCAUGCAUGGGUGUGCGAGAAGUGCAUGAAUAAAGGCCUUCGUUGUGGAAUUUUGACAUGUUAGGAUUUUGAAGAGGUUAGAAUGUCACUAGGCAAUUGACAAGCAUAUGUUUAGACUGUCAUGCAAUAUACAACUCUGCAAAUUCUUCCUUGCAGUUUUCACAAGAAAUCUUUUAUAAUCUUUGCCGUCA